AUGGCACCAACACCGAAGGCGUCGGAGAAGAAACAGCAGUCGCUGACUUCCUUCUUCACCCCCAAGACGAUCAAUGGGCUCGACGCAGCGUUCCGGAAGCAGGCUCAAUCGCAAUCCGAAGGGCAGCACGACGGCAGCCCAUCAACGCGGAAGCGUCCGCUCGAAGACGACACAGAUCGGGCCAACAGGGCGACCGAGCGUAUAACAAAGAGAGCAAGAGCCGAUGGCGAUUACGAUUCAGCGAACCACAGCGGCACGACCUCCAAAGCAUCCACCAGCCACGAGACGAUCGACGGGGAUGACCUAGCCACAAGACGCCGAAACGAGGAUCUUCAUCGGCGAUUUGUCAAGAAGCUCGGCCAUCCUGACGCUAUGAGUUGGCGGGCUCGUGGCACACACGACGAAGACCAAGUCGCUGCGGAAGAUGGCGACGCUGACGGAGAUGCUGCUGAGGAAGAAGAAGUGGCGCCAACGAGGACAAAGAAGAAGGGGGCCAAGACGGGGAAGCUCACGCCAAUGGAAGUUCAGUUCUUGGAUAUCAAGCGGAAGCACAUGGACACGAUCCUCAUCGUUGAGGUCGGAUACAAGUUUCGUUUCUUCGGCGAGGAUGCGAGGAUAGCGGCCAAGGAGCUCAGUAUAGUAUGCAUCCCAGGCAAGAUGCGAUACGACGAGCACCCUUCUGAAGCCCAUCUCGACCGAUUUGCGUCCGCGAGCAUACCCGUGCAUCGACUUCCAGUACACGCGAAGCGCCUUGUCGCCGCCGGCCACAAGGUUGGGGUGGUCCGCCAGGUUGAGACGGCAGCCCUCAAAAAAGCGGGAGAUAAUAGAAACACGCCCUUUAUCCGGAAGCUCACGAAUCUCUAUACCAAAGGCACGUACAUUGACGAGAAUGGCGAACUGGAUCAGCAGUCUGGCGGGGCACCAGCCGGAGGCUAUCUACUCUGCAUCACAGAGACAAAAUCGAAAGGACUGGGGAGCGACGAAAAGGUCGACGUCGGCAUUCUUGCCGUCCAGCCUGCGACGGGGGAUAUCAUCUACGACACAUUUGAGGACGGCUUCAUGAGAAGCGAGAUCGAGACUCGACUGCUGCACAUAUCACCAUGCGAGUUUCUCAUCGUGGGCGAGCUCACCAAGGGGACCGACAAGCUGAUCCAGCACCUAUCGGGAAGCAGCACCAACGUCUUUGGAGAUCGGAGUCGCGUCGAGAGGGUCCCCAAGAACCAAACGAUGGCCGCGGAAGCUCACUCUCACGUAACUCAAUUCUACGCCGACAAGGUUAAGGCGGCGUCUCAGGACGAAACAGCAAGCGCUCUCCUGGACAAAGUCCUCAAGUUGACUGAGCCAGUUACGAUCUGUCUCUCAGCCAUGAUCAACCAUUUGAAGGAGUACGGCCUGGAGCACAUCUUUGAUCUUACAAAAUACUUCCAAAGUUUCAGCACCCGAUCUCACGUUUUGAUCAAUGGAACCACCCUCGAGAGCCUGGAGGUCUAUCGGAACUCGACCGAUCAUUCAGAAAGGGGCAGCCUGUUCUGGGCCGUUGAUAAGACCCUGACGCGUUUUGGCCAGCGCCUCCUCCGCAAAUGGGUGGGCAGGCCCCUUCUCGAUCUGGAGAGCCUUGAGCAGAGACUUUCAGCAGUGCAAGAGCUCCUCGACAAACAAUCAACGGCUCCAGUCAAUGAGGUGGAGAACCUGCUGUCUAGCAUCAAAGCCGACCUCGAACGCAGCCUCAUCCGCAUCUACUAUGGCAAGUGCACCAGGCCUGAACUUCUGUCUGUCCUGCAGACGCUGCAAAAGAUUGCCAUGCACUAUUCAAGACCAGCUUCUCCAUCCGAUUCGCCUUUCUCGUCUCCUCUCCUGACCGCAGCGGUUGGAACUCUACCUCAGAUCCUUGAAGCUGUUGUAUCCUAUCUGGAGCGCAUCAAUCUCCAGGCCGCUCGCAAGGACGACAAAUACGGAUUCUUUCGCGACGAGUACCAAACAGAGGACAUACAGGAUCAUCAGCUGGGAAUCGCCCACGUCGAGCACGAGCUUGACUCUCACCGGUCGGUCGCAGCACAGAAGAUCAAAAAGAAGUCCGUCGACUACGUCACGGUCGCAGGCAUCGAGUAUCUCAUCGAGGUGCCCAACAGCGAAAUCAAGAAUGUCCCCGCCUCUUGGAGCAAGAUCUCCGGUACCAAGAAGCUCUCUCGCUUCCACACACCCGAGGUACUGCGUCUCAUCACAGAGCGAGACCAACACAGGGAGGCACUCGCUGCCGCCUGCGACAAGGCAUUCAAGGACCUUCUCGCAGAGAUUUCUGCCGACUACCAACCGCUUCGUGAUGCAGUAGCAGCUCUGGCAAGUCUCGACUGCCUCCUGUCACUGUCAAAAGUUGCCAGCCAGCCAGGCUACAACCGGCCGACCUUCCUCCCCGCCUCCACGGAGCCCACUAUAUCCAUCACGCAAGGGCGGCAUCCCAUCGCCGAGCAAACCCUGGACUACGGCUACAUCCCCUUCACCACCACCCUUGGACACCCCUCGCCGAUGGCCCACCUCAUCACAGGCCCAAACAUGGGUGGCAAGUCGUCGUUUGUGCGCGCCUUCGCCCUGAAUGUUCUCCUCGCCCAGAUCGGUUCAUUCGUACCCGCCGAUGCACUGUCCCUCACCCUCUGCGAUGCCAUCCACACUCGUACUGGCGCGAGGGACAAUUUAUUCGCCGGCGAGUCUACGUUCAUGGUCGAGGUUUCAGAGACGGCUCGCAUUCUCCGGUCCGCCACGCCGCGCAGCCUGGUUAUCUUGGACGAGCUGGGCCGCGGCACCAGCACUCACGAUGGCGCCGCCAUCGCCCAGUCAGUCCUGCAGCACGUGGUGACCGAGACUCGUUGUCUUACUCUCUUCAUCACCCACUAUCAGAAUCUCGCCCGUGUGGUUGAUGGCCUAGACGGUGUUUCAAAUGUGCAUAUGAGAUUCAAGGCCGACGUCAACAGUGAUGGCGAGGAGGAAAUCACCUUCUUGUAUGAGGUCGGCGAGGGCAUUGCCCAUCGCUCAUAUGGUCUGAACGUUGCUCGAUUGGCACGCAUACCCAAGAAGGUGCUUGAUGUGGCAGCAGAAAAGUCAAGUGAAAUGGAACUUGGUAUGCGAGUGCGUCGGCUCAAAGGAGCCUACCGAGCUUUGGAGGAGGUCGUUUCACAAGACGCCUCACAGCACCUCGGCCAACUUGUUGCCAGCAUUGAGCAGCUCUGA